AUGUCGGUGCCAAUUUUUGGUGAUCAAGUGACGGAAGAAAGAGGCGAAAAUGCUCGGUUGAGCGCCUUUGUGGGAGCGAUUGCGGUUGGAGAUCUCGUGAAGACCACGUUGGGCCCUAAGGGCAUGGACAAGCUUUUGCAAUCGGCGUCCAGGCCAGAGUCGCUAGUGACCAACGAUGGCGCCACGAUUCUCCAGGCGAUUCCUUUCAACAAUCCGGCUGCGAAAGUGCUUGUGAAUAUCUCCAAGGUCCAGGACGAGGAGGUAGGUGACGGCACCACUACUGUUACUGUGCUGGCUGCUGAGCUGUUGCGUGAGGCUGAGAAGCUUGUCGAGCGCAAGAUCCACCCGCAGACGGUUAUUUCCGGCUAUCGCAUUGCCAGCAAGGCUGCUUUAGGAGCCUUGGAGCGCAGUGCUAUUGACCGGUCGGCCAACAAGGACCUGUUCAGAGAGGAUUUGCUGGCUAUUGCCCGGACCACUUUGAGCUCGAAGAUUCUCAGCCAGGACAAGGAGCAUUUUGCUCAGCUGGCUGUUGAUGCUAUUUUGCGUCUCAAGGGCUCUACAAACUUGGAGCACAUCCAAAUCAUCAAAAAAUGUGGCGGUAGACUGGCUGAUUCGUAUCUUGAUGAGGGCUUUAUUCUCGACAAGCAGUUUGGCGUUGGCCAGCCCAAGCGUUUAGAGGGCGGUGUGCGUAUCCUUGUUGCCAACACUCCUAUGGAUACCGAUAAAGUGAAGAUCUUUGGAGCCAAGAUCCGCGUUGACAGUACGAGCAAACUGGCCGAGCUUGAGCGGGCCGAGAAAGACAAGAUGCGCGCCAAGGUCGACAAGAUCGUCAAGCACAAUGUGAACCUGUUUGUGAACCGUCAGCUCAUCUAUAACUGGCCCGAACAACUUUUCACCGAUGCCAAGGUUAACACCAUCGAGCAUGCGGACUUUGCAGGCGUCGAGCGGCUGGCGCUGGUCACCGGCGGUGAGGUGGUAUCUACUUUUGAUACCCCCAACAACGUAGCUAUUGGCCAAUGUGAUAAGGUGGAGGAGAUUUUGAUUGGCGAGGAUGUGCUUAUCAAGUUCAGCGGAGUGGCUGCUGGCGAGGCAUGUACGGUUGUUUUGCGAGGUGCCACAGACGCUGUGCUUGAUGAGGCAGAGCGCUCGCUGCACGACGCUUUGUCCGUGCUGUCACAGACCGUGCGUGAGCCCCGCACUACUCUCGGCGGUGGCUGCGGUGAGAUGCUCAUGUCCAAGGCUGUGGACGCAGCUGCUCAGCGUGAAGAGGGCAAAACGGCGCUGGCCGUCGAGGCCUAUGCUCGUGCUCUCCGCCAGCUGCCUACGAUUUUAGCCGACAAUGCGGGUUUCGACAGCAACGAUCUGGUUUCUCGUUUGCGUGCCACUAUAUACGGCGGCAUGACUACUUAUGGUCUAGACCUCGAUCGAGGAGAGGUCGUGGACAUGCGCGAGCUGGGAAUUGUCGAAAGCUACAAGCUGAAACUCUCUGCUGUUUCUUCCGCCACCGAAGCAGCAGAACUGCUGUUGCGUGUCGACAACAUUAUUCGUGCAAAGCCCCGUACUGCCGAUCGCGCUCAUGGCCGCGUUUAA